GGCAGGGUCGGUUUCGUGAGCUGCGGCGGCUCAAGCCAUGGCGCACAGCUGCGCCAUCCCCGUGCGGGUAAGAUGGAGCCCAAGCCGGUGCCCGAGAUCUUAGCAGGCUUGUACCGGAGCUCCUUGGAAGCGCCUGAAGCCUUCCAGGCGGAAUACGAGGCUUCGAGCAAUCGAGUGCUGUCCAUCUUGCAGAGCUUUGAGCUGCAAGAGUUCGAACUCCAGUUGGAUGAUGCCAAUGCGCUGCACUACGCGGCUGGCUGUGGAUGCUUGGACUUGUGCGAGGCCUUACUGCGGCAACAUCCGCAGCUGAACUUCCAGGAGGAUCAGUACGGACAUACGCCCUUGCUAUGGGCUGUGCGGCAUGGCAUGGCUGGAGCGAUGCAACUGUUGUUGAGGCAUGGUGCUUUGGCCUGGCAUUCAGACCAACGAGGCCUUACGGCGCUUCACUGGUGCUGUGCCUUGGAUCUUCCCAGGCUCUGCAGACUUCUCCUGGCGGUGCCGCUCUAUGUUGAGACCAUGAUUGAUCAGCGCUGCCGUCGGGGAUGGACACCCUUGCACUCUGGAGCCUAUAGUGGUGCGGCCAGCUGCUGCGAACAGUUGGUGGCGGCCAACGCGCAGCUGGCGCUGCGGACGCCAGACGAGUGGACAGCGUUGCACCUGGCAGCCUUGAAGGGACAUGCGGAGGUCUUGAACAUCUUGGCACCUCAUUGUUCCACAGAGGUCAUGCUGGCCUUGGAUAGCAAAGGCUUCAGUGCCCUGGAUUUGGCCAAGGACUCAGGGCAUGCGGCGGCCGUGGAGGUUCUACGACAGCCCGAGGAGACGCAUCGCCACUUGGUGCGCGCUUGGUACAAGUGCCUGUCACGGGGGCCCGAGGUGGACUUUCACGACCUCAUGGAAGCUGCACUUCUUAUCAAGGCACCCAUCAUGGAAAAAGUGAGCAAGGACGCCUUGGAGCUUUGCUGCCAUGUUGUUGACCUUGGGUUUCGUAUUGCGGGCUACGUGGUCGAGGUGAAAGACUGCCGCGGGCCUUCUGGCGCUGCCCCUGCCCGUGUUUAUUACGCACGAUCCAGUGAGCAGCGGAAGGUGGAUGAUGUUGAGUUCCUAGUGCCACGGCUUCGCAGCACUGGCCAGGCCAUUUGGCGGCGAGGUGGCAGGUAUCAAUUUCGUCUACGCGGAUGCUGCGAUCGAUCGUCGGCUCCAGACCCAUAUUCACUUCGACAGGUGAUCUCUGAGUGGUCGGAGGCCACGAGUCUCACCGGACAACGUCCCCGACUGCGGCGCUUCAAGAGCGCUCCGAGCCUUUGAGGUGUCAAUGAGGAGUUGUUCCACAGCUGUGGGUCUGGCCGUGGGCCAGAACUUUGAAGGGUGAAUAUACAUAUUAUUGGACAAUCAUGUAUAAUGCCGCUGCUUG